UUAUCUUUCUUGUAUGUAGUUACAUGUCGAAUAUCUUCCUUCUUUGAUUCAUUACACUCAAUUCAGGUAUGGUUUGCACCAAUUCAAGAGACUGUACAUUAGGCAUUCAAUAUAUAAGACUAGAGUGAGACUGAUUAGGCAUUUAAAUGUGUUGCAGGAUGUUGUUUGAAUUGCUUGUCCUAACAGGUGCACAAGUUGGGAUGGAUUGGACUUCUAUCUUGAGAAAAUGCCACGAUUUUAGGGUUGCUUUCGCCGGGUUUGAUGCAGAAAUCGUCGCCAACUUCACAGAAAGACAAAUAGCAUCAAUGGCCACAGAUUGUAACAUGAAUUUAAACAAGUUUCGAAGUGUCGUCAACAAUGCUAACAGAAUCCUCCUGGAUAAAUUUGACUUGGAUUUGAGUGUUCCGCACUUCUCCCAUGCCGUCGACGACAUGAUCAAGGAGCGGUUCAAGGAUUACCGGGGUAAGUUGUUUCAGGCACUCGUUGCACGCUUACCCACCGAUGCCCUACCACUUCCACUUUCAUCUUUGACAUACACUAAAACUGGCGCAAAUCCAAAACUCAAGUUGGCUGCACAACAGAGGCUUGAACGUUAUGGGGAGGGUAACAACAACAGUGCUGAACUCCAAGCAGUGUACGAUGGCCUGGCCCUCUGCGGGAAUCUUGGGUUAUCUAAGGUGGUGGUCGAAUUGGACUCUAAGUUAGUGGUGGACGCCUUAAAAGGGCAGUCCCAUAAGGCGUGGAAAUAG